GCACAUUUGGCUAAAAGACAGCUCUUCGCUUUCUUCUUAUGCUGCUUCCCCUUCCUCUUUUCCCAAAUAGAUAUAUAAACACAUGUAUUUUCCUGUUUAAAUUGAGCGAAUGGUCCUCUGCUUGUGCCUUGAUUUAGCUAUUGGGCUCAGCCUUGCUCCUCCCUGCCUUACUCGGAUAGGAGCCACUGGGAUCUGGAGCUCCAGCUUCCAAAUUGAAGCUGGCCUCAGGCCAGGUGACCUUUUCUUUGCAUCUCCUCCAGAGGGAUCCGCCAGCCCGUCCAGCAGCACCAUGUGGGUGACCAAACUCCUGCCAGCCCUGCUGCUGCAGCAUAUCCUCCUGCAUCUCCUCCUGGUCCCCAUCGCCAUCCCCUAUGCAGAGGGACAUAAGAAAAGAAGAAAUACAAUUCAUGAAUUCAAAAAAUCAGCAAAGACUACCCUAAUCAAAAUAGAUCCAGCACUGAAGAUAAAAACCAAAAAAGUGAAUACUGCAGACCAAUGUGCUAAUAGAUGUACUAGGAAUAAUGGACUUCCAUUCACUUGCAAGGCCUUUGUUUUUGAUAAAGCGAGAAAACAAUGCCUGUGGUUCCCCUUCAAUAGCAUGUCAAGUGGAGUGAAGAAAGAAUUUGGCCAUGAAUUUGACCUCUAUGAAAACAAAGACUACAUUAGAAACUGCAUCAUUGGUAAAGGACGCAGCUACAAGGGAACAGUAUCUAUCACUAAGAGUGGCAUCAAAUGUCAGCCCUGGAGUUCCAUGAUACCACACGAACACAGCUUUUUGCCUUCGAGCUAUCGGGGUAAAGACCUACAGGAAAACUACUGUCGAAAUCCUCGAGGGGAAGAAGGGGGACCCUGGUGUUUCACAAGCAAUCCAGAGGUACGCUACGAAGUCUGUGACAUUCCUCAGUGUUCAGAAGUUGAAUGCAUGACCUGCAAUGGGGAGAGUUAUCGAGGUCUCAUGGAUCAUACAGAAUCAGGCAAGAUUUGUCAGCGCUGGGAUCAUCAGACACCACACCGGCACCAAUUCUUGCCUGAAAGAUAUCCCGACAAGGGCUUUGAUGAUAAUUAUUGCCGCAAUCCCGAUGGCCAGCCGAGGCCAUGGUGCUAUACUCUUGACCCUCACACCCGCUGGGAGUACUGUGCAAUUAAAACAUGCGCUGACAAUACUGUAAAUGAUACUGAUGUUCCUAUGGAAACAACUGAAUGCAUCCAAGGUCAAGGAGAAGGCUACAGGGGCACUGCCAAUACCAUUUGGAAUGGAAUUCCAUGUCAGCGUUGGGAUUCUCAGUAUCCUCACAAGCAUGACAUGACUCCUGAAAAUUUCAAGUGCAAGGACCUACGAGAAAAUUACUGCCGAAAUCCAGAUGGGUCUGAAUCACCCUGGUGUUUUACCACUGAUCCAAACAUCCGAGUUGGUUACUGCUCCCAAAUUCCAAACUGUGAUAUGUCAAAUGGACAAGAUUGUUAUCGUGGGAAUGGCAAAAAUUAUAUGGGCAACUUAUCCCAAACAAGAUCUGGACUAACAUGUUCAAUGUGGAACAAGAACAUGGAAGACUUACACCGUCAUAUCUUCUGGGAACCAGAUGCAAGUAAGUUGAAUGAGAAUUACUGCCGAAAUCCAGAUGAUGAUGCUCAUGGACCCUGGUGCUACACGGGAAAUCCACUCAUUCCUUGGGAUUAUUGCCCUAUUUCUCGUUGUGAAGGUGAUACCACACCUACAAUAGUCAAUUUAGACCAUCCUGUAAUAUCUUGCGCCAAAACGAAACAACUGCGAGUUGUAAAUGGGAUUCCAACACGAACAAAUGUAGGAUGGAUGGUUAGUUUGAGAUACAGAAAUAAACAUAUCUGCGGAGGAUCAUUGAUAAAGGAAAGUUGGGUUCUUACUGCGCGACAGUGUUUCCCUUCUCGAGACUUGAAAGAUUAUGAAGCUUGGCUUGGAAUUCAUGAUGUCCAUGGAAGAGGAGAUGAGAAACGCAAACAGGUUCUCAAUGUUUCCCAGCUGGUAUAUGGCCCUGAAGGAUCAGAUCUGGUUUUAAUGAAGCUUGCCAGGCCUGCUGUCCUGGAUGAUUUUGUUAGUACAAUUGAUUUACCUAAUUAUGGAUGCACAAUUCCUGAAAAGACCAGUUGCAGUGUUUAUGGCUGGGGCUACACUGGAUUGAUCAACUAUGACGGUCUAUUACGAGUGGCACAUCUCUAUAUAAUGGGAAAUGAGAAAUGCAGCCAGCAUCACCGAGGGAAGGUGACUCUGAAUGAGUCUGAAAUAUGUGCUGGGGCUGAGAAGAUUGGAUCAGGACCGUGUGAGGGGGAUUAUGGUGGCCCACUUGUUUGUGAGCAACAUAAAAUGAGAAUGGUUCUUGGUGUCAUUGUUCCCGGCCGUGGAUGCGCCAUUCCAAAUCGUCCUGGUAUUUUUGUCCGAGUAGCAUAUUAUGCAAAAUGGAUACACAAAAUUAUUUUAACGUAUAAGGUACCACAGUCAUAGCUGAAGUAAGUGUGUCUGAAGCACCCACCAAUACAACUGUCUUUUACAUGAAGAUUUCAGAGAAUGUGGAAUUAAAAAUAUCACUUACAACAAUCCUAAGACAACUACUGGAGAGUCAUGUUUGUUAAAAUUCUCAUUAAUGUUUAUGGGUGUUUUCUGUUGUUUUGUUUGUCAGUGUUAUUUUGUCAAUGUUGAAGUGAAUUAAGGUACAUGCAAGUGUAGUAACAUAUCUCCUGAAGAUACUUGAAUGGAUUAAAAAAACACACAGGUAUAAUUGCUGGAUAAAGAUUUCGUGGGAAAAAAAUCAAUUAAUCUCUCUAAGCUGCUUUCUGAGGUUGGUUUCUUAAUAAUGAGUAAACCAUAAAUUAAAUGUUAUUUUAACCUCACCGAAACAAUUUAUACCUUGUGUCCUUAAAUUGUAGCCCUAUAUUAAAUUAUAUUACAUUUCAUAUGCUAUAUGUUAUAGUUCAUUCAUUUCUCUUCACCAUGUAUCCUGCAAUACUGGUACACAAACACACUUUUUACAAAACCACAUACCCAUGUACACAUGCCUAGGUACACAUGUACAUGCACUACAGUUUAAAUUAUGAUGUACCUAAUGUAACCUCUAAAUAUUUUAGAAGUAUGUACCUAUAGUUUUACCUCAAAAAAAUAGAAAUCUCUAAAGACCAGUAGAAAUAUUAAAAAAUGAUGCAAAAUCAAAAUGAGUGGCUAAUUCUCCAUACGUAAUCUGCAGAUGAUCUUCUUUGGUUGACAUUUUACAUGUGGCCAUCACCCCGGGUUAAAUAACACCUAAUCUAGGUGUUUACAUGUAUUCAAUAUCCUAGUUUGUUUUAUGUAGUUUCUAAUUCUUAAAGGAAAGAGGGUAAUAAUUCUAUUUGUGUAAUUUGUUUCCUCCAAACUUAAGGCCACUUAUUUACACAAGAUAUUUGUAUGUCUGCUUUCCUAAAGCAUUUCUUCAGUGCUCAGAUCAGUGUCUAAUUGAAGAAGAUUAAAACUGCUUUGGUCAUUAAAAACGUAUUUAAAUAGGUUAAUUCUAAGACUUGCUGCUGUGAUUGACUUCUAGCUCACUGCCUUUAAAUUUUAAAAACUUUAAGAGGAAAAUUUUCAUGUCUCCAAAGUUUUAUAAAUACCCUUCAUCAAGUCAUGCAUUAAAGUAUAUAUUAGAGAAAAAAAUAAAAACACUUUUCUCAACCUGGAAGAUUUUAGCCUAAUAAAAUUUUUUUGAAGUAAAAGAAAACUUGUAAAAGGAAAGAAACUAGUUUGUCUAAACUCUGUAUUCAUUUUUUUUUUUUUUUUGAAGUACAGUGGAAUCUGUUGAAUCAGAUAUUUUAUCAAGAUAUCAUUAUUUUUUCUUAUUUCAUUUUACAAAGAUCACUCCCAAUGCCAUAUGUAAUAGACAUUUAAAUUCCGUGUUCUGUAUAACAGCCAAAUGAUCAUAUUUAUCAUUGUAUUUGUCAUGUUUAGCUAAAAAUCAUGUAUUGUUGAGAAAUAGAAUAACAAAAAGUAAUAGGAUAGGCUUUGAAUUUUUGCAAAAAAAUCUUCCUGUACAAAACAUCUUUAAAAAUAAUUUUUUGAGUGGUGUGAAUCCAGUAUUCCCAUUUCUCUGACUUAGUUUUCUUGAGUGAUUUUUAUCAAGGCUAAGUCCCCAAAUGAUUCCCUAACAGCUCUUUAGAAUACCGUUUAAUCUGGACUAAAAUGGUUUUAAGUUUAUGGAGAGUUUAGUCCACAGAACUAACUGGACUUCUGGCGGCAAGUCCAGAAAUGCUUAUACAAAAUUUUUUUUCAUAAUAAGAUAUGUGCUGGUAUCAAGGAAUUUAAAGUGGAAGCAAAAAGACAUCCAACUAGUUACUAGUCUCCAUCAUCUUAUCUGAUUGUAUUUCUCUUUUCCUUAUAUAAUACACCAUUUUCGUAAGAACACCUAGAAAUUUCAAGAGUAUAUUGCCAAAAUAUAAAGUAUAUUUCAUAGUUUCUUCUGGCUGAACCAGUGAAAUUUUAUUGUUGCAUAUUAAUGAUAUUUUUUAAACUUUUAUUAAAAUUGUCAUACUUUUAAAUACUCACAUUUUAAAAAUACUUCUUUUAUGACUCUUCCUCUAAAUUUCCUGCAAAUACAGAUAAAGAUUAGCUAGAUACAAGAUGCAGCUAAGUAUUUAGACAUUUUGAGCCCAGUAUUUUUCAUUAUAUUAAAGACUAAAAACAAUACCACCAAUAAAUCAUCAAACAAACUGUACAAAAUAAUUCUGUCUUUGGGAGGCUCCUUUUGUGAUAGAGGGACAUGGGUGGAAUUGACAAUGAAAGUUAGAUGAACAAGGUCCAUGUUAUUUUAGGUAGUAGAACAGGGUAGAGUCAUGUCAUUAUUUGCGGGCGGAAGAUACUAUUUACCACGUGUUCUUUGCUGAAUAAAUUAUUAAACAUUUUUAAAAA